GGGAAAAUGUCCUCGUACGCGCAGCUUCGUCAAGACCUCCAUGAAGCUGCUGACCUCCACCCAUCUCCCUCCAACCCCAACCCGCAUCAUCAUGAAGGAUCAUCUACCUUGCGUGUCUACUGGCGGUCUUCUCUUUGGCUAUGAUUCCGGCGUCAUCGCCGGAAUCACAACAAUAUCCUUAAUCUACGUAAACAUCACCAUCUACAACCUCUCCUGGGGUCCUCUCCCCUGGCCGUGCACCGCGGAACUCUUCUUAACCCGGAUCCGUGAGCCGGGCGUCGCCAUCGCCGUCUCCUCCCAGUGGCUGUUCAAUUUCCUCUGGUCAUUCUGCACCCCCUUAUAUCCUGGCCGGCAUGGGCUGGGCCACGUUCUUACUGUUUGGCGUGUUUGAUAUUCUGAUCGCAUUCUUCGUCGCGGGGCUGUUGCCCGAGACCGG